UGGACCACUCCGGUAUUCCGCGCUGCUCUCCUCGCACGGCAUAGCAGCGGUCGUUUCACGGCUCUCUGGGCCACUCGGUAUGCAUCCUGCGCUGCUCUCCUCGCGUAGCAGCGGGCGUUUCACGGCUCUCUUGGCCACUCACUAUUUCUACGCUGCUCUCCUCCUCUGCCCAUCUUCUCUUCCUGUUCGGACCCGCACGCACGAGGCAAAACCUGAUCCGGCGCUUUCUACCUUUUCACUGCCAUGGCCGCUGCGUCGACCACGAGUUCGUACCUUCCCGACGCCGCUGAGAAGGUUACUUCGCCUUAUGGCUCUUGGAAGUCCCCGAUUACCGCCGACGUCGUCUGCAGUUCUGGCAAGGAGCUCGGAGGCAUGGCCGUUGCCGGAGAUGGCCGGCUUGUUUGGAUCGAGACUCGACACGACCAAGGAGGGCGCGCUGUGCUUGUUAAGGAAUCAGCAAAGAUGGAAGAAAAACCAAUGGAUAUCAUACCUCCGGAGUUUGCAUCAAGGACGUUGGCCCAAUAUGGUGGCGGUGCUUUUGCUGUACUGGACGAUACAAUUAUUUUCUCGAACUACAAGGAUCAACGGUUAUACAAAUUAACUAUUGGAACAGGUUCUACACCAAUACCAAUUACCCCGGACUAUCGUGGAACUUUAGUCUGUUAUGCUGAUGGCAGUUAUGAUCCUCACUUCAACCGCUAUCUUACUGUCAUGGAAGAUCACCGGAAAGGUAGCUUAAACAAGCCUAUUAUUAUAAUAGCCUCUAUAGACCUAAAUGCUAUAAGUACUAAUGAACCAAAGGAACUGGUUGUUGGCAAUGAUUUCUAUGCCUUUCCACGGGUAGAUCCAAAUGGGAAGAGAAUGGCAUGGAUAGAGUGGAGCCAUCCUAACAUGCCUUGGGACAAAGCUGAACUUUGGGUUGGGUAUUUCUCCGAGAAUGGAGAUCUGUCCAACCGGAUAUGUGUUGCUGGUGGCGAUCCUACAAUAGUUGAAUCUCCAACUGAACCCAAAUGGUCACCCAAAGGGGAGUUGUUCUUCAUUACCGAUCGAGGAAGCGGUUUCUGGAACUUAUACAAAUGGGAUGAAAAGAAAAAUGAAGUGGUAGCUAUUUAUUCUUUGGAUGCUGAAUUUACCAAGCCACUAUGGGUAUUUGGCAUCAGUUCAUAUGAUUUUGUUUGGAAAGAUGGGGACAGCAGCCAAAUUAUCUGCACUUACAGACAGAAUGGGAGGUCAUUCCUUGGAAUCUUGGAUUAUGGUACAAAUUGGUUUUCAUUGCUUGAUAUUCACCUUAUUGAUAUUGGAAACUUAGUUAGUUGUGGCUCUUGUUUAUAUGUUGAAGGGGCAUCUACAACCCAUCCAUUGUCGAUUUUCAAGGUGAACCUGGAUGUGAACCAAUCAAAUGCAACCAAAUCUUCAAUACUUUGGUCUUCCUCCCCAGAUGCAACAAAAUACGAUUCAUACUUCAGCUUUCCAGAAGUUAUUGAGUUUCCAACUGAGCAUCCUGGUCAGAAUGCUUAUGCAUUCUUUUACCCUCCUUCAAGUCCCACCUACAAAGCAUCCGUAGAUGAAAAACCACCAUUGUUGCUUGAAAGCCAUGUAGGUCCCACAGGGGAAGCAAGUUGUGGACUGAAUCUUAAAAUCCAGUACUGGACUAGUCGAGGCUGGGCUUUUGUUGAUGUCAACUAUGGAGGAAGUACCGGUUACGGGAGAGAAUAUCGAGAAAGAAUUCUAGGACAGUGGGGUAUUGUGGACGUUAAUGAUUGUUGCAGCUGCGCUAAGUUUUUGGUAGAAAGCGGGAAGGUAGAUGGAGAACGACUUUGUGUUACUGGAAGAUCAGCUAGUGGAUACACCACAUUAGCUUCUCUUGCUUUUAAAGAGACCUUUAAAGCUGGUGCUUCUUUGUAUGGGGUAGCCGAUUUGUCUCUGUUUACAGUAGAAGCUAUCAAGUUUGAAUCCCACUACUUUGAUAAUCUUGUUGGAGAUGAGAAGGCUUAUCUGGAACGGUCUCCCAUUAACCAUGUCGAUAAGUUUAGCUGCCCAGUGAUUUUGUUCCAAGGUUUAGAUGAUAAGGUUGUGCCACCUGUUCAUGCUCGUAUGAUACACAAGGCUCUCAAGGACAAGGGCUUGCCUGUUGCUUUAGUUGAAUACGAAGGAGAACAGCAUUGGUCCAGAAAGCCUGAGAACAUCAAAUUCACACUGGAACAACAGAUGGUAUUCUUUGCUCGUUUAGUUGGGCACUUCGAAGUUGCAGAUCCAAUCAUUCCGAUCAAAAUUGAUAACUUCGAUUAGUAUGCUAGCAGUAAUUCUAAUUGUAUUACGUUAACUUCCAUAGAAGACUUUAAGUGGCCUCGAGUUAGAAUAAAAAAAAUGCAAUUUGAUCUUUUUGAUGUAGUACAUGUUAUAAUGUGGUUAUGAAGUGUAAACAUGAACUUUUGUCAUGAGGAUUGAGAAAUUAUUCUCCUUCCAUGAUCAAUAAAACAAACUACAGACCUACGGUUCCUUUUUCAA